AUGGCUUUAACCAAAAACUCCUGGAGAGUUUUGGCCACUCUGGGAUUCGAUCUUGUCAAGGAAGGUAUCUCAUUGCCAAUUAAUCGCAUAAUCAUUCACCACGACGAGGAUUCCGAGAAGGUAUUCUCACACGCAAAUAACAUUUUCCCUGACCCCAAAACAAUCCAAUGGGUCGAGCGCGGUCCUCUCCAAAACCUGCUGCUGGAACGCUUCGAGAAACUUGGUGGUGCUAUCGUGUUCGAAAGCAGUGUUAAUGAUAUUAGUGUCUGCCCCGAUGGGGACUUGGUUGCCAUCCUCUCUAACGGCCAGUCUUGUGCCGGUGACUAUAUUAUUGGUGCGGAUGGUGUCAACUCCAAUGUACGCAAGUACCUCUACACUAAGUAUCCGCCCACAAAAGCCCCAAGCCGCUGCCCAAUGGGGGAGUUGUGGCCAUACAACAUUUUACGUCCUUUGUCUUCUUUGGUCCAUAUACUCACCAGGGCAAAGAAGCCAGAGGUCUGGGAGGCCUCGCCGCUACCUUGGACAGCCCUUUACGGUAUUACAUCUCCAUUACCUCAGCGCCUUCUUACUGGCGGUGAAACAGGCGAAGGGGCUUUGGGAACCAUGCACUGGUACCUCCGUGGCGUCUCUGGCUGCUAUAGUACCUGCUCUCUUCAAGAUGGUCGUGUUUUUUGGGUUUGCUAUAAUAGUGAACCCGUGUCGAAAGGCACCUACUUCACUGCUGAACAGGCCGAGGAGAAUAGAAAAAGCUAUGAUGCCGCACCUUAUUGCAGUGCCAUUCCUAAUGAGAAUGGAGAGGUCCCCGUUGGAGAUGCUGAAAAGAAUACUAAAUUUCAAGAGAUUACCUCCCGCAGUGAAAGAAUUAAAAAGGUCCGCCUUCAUCACACCAUGUUCUACGAGAUUUCCAAUCCAGCCAAGAAUAUUCUCCUUAUUGGUGAUGCUGCGCAUGCGAUGAGUACCUUCCGCGGGCAGGGCGCCGGUAUCGGAAUCGAAGAGGCUGUCGUUUUAUGUAAUGGCCUACUCAGAUCCGCCUGGCAAGCUAAAGAGCCUGACCUCGAAGCCUCCCCAGAGAUGGUCGGGAUCGGAUAUUUUGAGAAGUUGAGGAUGGAAAGGAGCGAAAGAAUUACGAGCUCUGGAUGGUAUUUCGGCUUUGCGGUAAUGGGUGAUUGGUGGAUCACCAGAGUUAUCAGAGACAGGUUUCUACGAAUUGCAUUAAAGACCCCAACACCUCACCAAUCUGAGGAGGAGGAGAGAAGGGCUGGAGCGGGGAAUGACAAUGAAGACGGAGCAAAUAGAAGGAAGAGGCCCACCAACUGGCUCAUUGACCACCAGGUGAAUGUGGAUACUGACGAGCGUAAGUACUGGCACGAGUACGAGGAGAACGAGAAGAUUAGGCUCAAUCAAUUCUAG